AAGUUAAAUUGCAUUUGUUUACAAUGACUGACCUUUUAUUCCUCAAACCAGAUUUGGGCGUAUGAGGUAUUUCCAGCGUUGGCUGCACUACAUUUGGUGGUGCACGAAGAUAAUGCGUACAUCCCUCGUUUACUACAUUGGAGGAGCAAUAGUUCGCCGCGUUUUUAUGAGCUAAUGAGCCAAGUAUUCGAGAACCGUGAGGUUGAUGUGCAGCUUCUCCGGCCAUCUGUAAUGGACAAGCAGCAGCCGUAUUGGACUUGGGGUGACAGUGCUGACGACACUGAAGAACUUGUUGACUUGUUGGGCGAUGACGCUGAACAAAAAACCGGUACUUCUGCCUCUGUAGAAGAAAAAGAUGAGGACAUUGACGAAACUGCUAGCCUUCCGUCGUCUUCUAAGGGUACAGUCGCGUCCACUGAGUUACGUACUUUGAAGCGUGACUUUCAAAGGACAAAGGAUGAAUUGGCCAAAGUUGCCAAAUCAAAUCGAGCGCUUCGCAACAGAGUGCAUCAGUUGGAAGACAUGGUACGGAAGGAGUCAUUGAAAGUUGAAAGAGAGUUGGAAAAAAAAUAAAAAGUGUGUGGAGGAUUUCCGCAACACCCUGGCUUCAAUGGAGCAUUAUUUUAAGGUGGAGAUAGAGCAACUGAAAAUACGAAAUCGUGGGGUGAAUGAAGGUGGGGAAGGACAUGAGGACCUCGGUAGUCCUCAUAUGAAUGAAGGAGCAGC